AUGGUAUCAAGUUUUCGUGUUUCUGAACUGCAAGUGUUGUUGGGGUUUGCUGGACGUAAUAAAAGCGGGCGGAAACAUGACCUCCUGAUGAGGGCACUGCACUUACUGAAGAGUGGCUGCAGUCCAGCAGUUCAGAUAAAAAUCCGAGAACUCUAUAGGCGUCGGUACCCAAGGACGAUUGAAGGACUUUCGGACUUAUCGGCUAUAAAACCUGCGGUUUUCAAUUUGGACAGUAGUUCCUCUCCUGUCGAGCCUGACCUGGCUGUUGCUGGCAUUCACCCGCUCCCUUCUACUUCGGUCACGCCUCAGUCUCCUUCCUCGCCUGUCAGUUCUGUGCUCCUCCAAGACACUAAGCCCCACUUUGAGAUGCAGCAGCCAUCCCCUCCGAUUCCACCCGUUCAUCCCGAUGUUCAGCUGAAAAGCCUGCCUUUUUACGAUGUGCUUGAUGUGCUCAUAAAACCUACAAGUCUAGUACAGAGCAGUAUUCAGAAGUUCCAAGAGAAGUUUUUUAUCUUUGCUUUAACACCUCAGCAGGUCAGAGAAAUCUGUAUUUCCAGGGACUUCUUGCCAGGGGGCAGGAGAGAUUACACAGUCCAAGUUCAGCUAAGGUUAUGCCUAGCAGAGACAAGCUGCCCUCAAGAAGAUAAUUACCCUAAUAGUUUGUGUAUUAAAGUAAAUGGGAAGCUGUUUCCGUUGCCGGGAUAUGCUCCACCGCCAAAAAAUGGAAUUGAACAGAAGCGACCUGGGCGCCCCUUGAAUAUAACAUCUCUAGUUAGGCUGUCAUCAGCAGUGCCAAACCAGAUCUCCAUUUCCUGGGCUUCUGAAAUUGGAAAGAAUUACUCCAUGUCUGUGUAUCUCGUUCGUCAGCUCACUUCAGCUAUGCUUUUGCAGAGGUUAAAAAUGAAAGGUAUCAGGAACCCCGAUCAUUCCAGAGCACUAAUUAAAGAAAAACUAACUGCAGAUCCCGAUAGUGAGAUUGCCACGACCAGUCUGCGGGUAUCUCUGAUGUGUCCUCUGGGAAAAAUGAGACUGACAAUCCCAUGCCGGGCUGUUACUUGCACACACCUGCAAUGUUUUGAUGCUGCUCUUUAUCUUCAAAUGAAUGAAAAGAAGCCUACCUGGAUCUGCCCUGUCUGUGACAAAAAGGCAGCUUAUGAGAGCCUAAUAUUAGAUGGGCUCUUUAUGGAAAUCCUUAACGAAUGUUCAGAUGUGGAUGAGAUCAAGUUCCAAGAAGAUGGCUCCUGGUGCCCCAUGAGGCCAAAGAAAGAAGCUGUGAAAGUCUCAAGUCCACAGUGCACCAAAAUAGAAAGUUCCAGUGUUGUUAGCAAACCGUGCGCUGUGACGGUGGCCAAUGAGGUAAACAAGAAGAAAGUUGACGUUAUUGACUUGACAAUAGAAAGCUCUUCCGAUGAAGAGGAAGAUCCUCCUGCCAAAAGGAAGUGCAUAUUUAUGUCUGAAACGCAAGGAAGCCCAACCAAAGGGUUUGUCAAUUUUAAAGGUUCUCAUGUAUCAGCCAUCUACUGUCAGAGUGCCCAGCGUGACAACGGUCGAUGCUGCUGCUAUUCCUCCUUCAUUAACAGACUACCCAGUACCAUUCCAUCACCCACCGAUAUCCAGUAUUUCGUCAGACUUGCCAGACAUACCCUAAAUGCCUAUGAUGUAUUCUUCAACACUGCUGCUAAAUAUCAGACAAAAGGUCUGGAUUUUCUUUCACUAAUCCCAGUUGAUUCACAGUACUGUCCUCCUAUGUUUUUGGAUAGUCUCACCUCAACCUUAACAAGCAGCACGCCUGGCAGCAUCAUCACAUCAACCAGUCACCACGAGAGCAGCACGCACGUUAGCUCCUCCAGCAGGAGCGAGACAGGAGUGAUAACCAGCAGCGGAGGCAGCGCUCCCGACAUCAUCUCACUGGACUGAACCAAGGGGCGAGCAUGGGACUCCAGGAGAAACUGCGCAGAGCUGCUGCUUGUGUCUCUGGAACUUCAGCAUCUUGGAAGUCAUUCUGAUAUUUAUUGGGAGGAUUUGCCUUCUGGAAAAUCGAGUCAAUUCAUCUACGCUAGGAACAGAAGUGAUAGAAUAUUUUGUUUUGUUUUCCUUGCUCAUUAAAUAGCUGGUAUAGAAAAGGCCCCUUCAGAACAUGCUUUUAUGCUUUCGGCUUGUUCUGGGGAAACUGACUUUUUGUUGCUGGGUGGAUUCCACAAAUGGUUUUUAAUUCUGUUGUAAAACGCAGCAAUAAUGUAAAAACAAACAAAAACUUUUUUUAAUAAAAAAGGCACUUAACCACUCUAGAAGAACAACAACCUGGACAAAGGUGCAGAAGUGUUUGCAUUGGUGAACUUUUAAUAUUUUUCACUGGGGCCUGUAAUAAACUUCACUUAAGAUAACAGAGCUUUGUGAAAUAGCCAUGACUUGGGGAUGUAGGGGAAGCCUCUGUAAAUGGGAAUUCCCCCCCUGCCUGCCCCCAUUUCAUGUUUUUCACAAACGCAACAAAAUCCAAAGCUGUGACUUCUUCCUCUCACUGUUCUUCAGGCUGGAGAGGGGACAAACUAUCUAUGCAAACCCUGCAUCACACAAUCUCUGUGCUGUCAUGUCAGAAUUAGGGCACCUCCCUGCCACCAAAACCUCCGAACUAUGCCCAGUGGAGGUAUAGUUGAAUUUCUGGUUUGAUAACUUUAAGAGGUGAUGGGGGAAAAAAAGCCUUUAAACUCAAAUUUAGGUUAUAAAGUCCUUGGUGGCCCUCUUUGGAACUGCUACCCCUCACCAGAUGACCAAGUGAAGUGCAUGCUUUUGAUGGCAGCUGUUAGGAGACAAAAUAGGAAUUACUGUCCCCAGUGCAGGAUUAUUUUCUAGGACCUCUUGCUCCUGGCUUCUCUUACUUCAGUAACCAGUGUAUUCUGCUUGGGAAUACCGCAGUCUGACUUGCCACAGGGGAGGCUUGGCUUUUUGGAAGCUAAAAGCUGCACAGUGUUCCCACCUAACUGGAAUUAUGUGUUUAGGGCUUGAUGAUGCUUCGUCCCACGUUACAUGGCCUCCUAAUCACGGCUUUUCUAAUUCCAUGGGAAUAACUCCCUCCUGUUUUACUCCUGUGAUGAAUCUGCUGCUUUGCUGUGUGUAUGCAGUGUCUCCCCACACACCUCUAAGGAUAACCUCAGCAGUACUGUAUGUGGAAGAGGUCACAGACCAGGAAAAUCAAGUCAUGUCCAUAGAGCUGGAAUAAUGGGUAUUGUCUAUAUAUGUUGACAUAGCAGCUUUCCCAAGUGUUGUGUUUCUGUUGAGUAGCUGUAUUUGAGAUUAUUCCUUCCCUGAUGACCAGCUUUCACUUUUUCCUAGUUUUGUGUUCUUUUUUCUUAUUUCUUUAGUCAGAUGUCUGGUGCUUUUUGCCUUCCAGUACUGUUACACUAUUUGAACGAAGUACACGGAUAAGAAAUGUUGAAGCAGGAUGUAUUGUAACUCUUGUCUGCCCUGUACUCCCACCUUUAAUGCUGCAUUACUCUUCCUCACUGCCUUUUUUGUAUCAUCUUUCACAGCAGUCUUCAAUUCACAUGUUGGUCUUAAUACUGCAUCCAAUCUUUCUUCUCCUUUCCUUAUCUGUCAAAUUUUUUGUACCUGUUAAGGAUCAGUUUUUAGCAUGAUUUAUUUCCAAUAAAGCCAUGCUACUCA